AUGGUAGAAAGGAACAAUCGUGCUAUUGCUGACGCAUUGCAAGCACUGGCUAAUGCGAUAGCAUAUCAAAAUAACUUGAAUCAUCAGAUUGGAGGUGCUAUUGAUGGAUCCCGUGAUCUGAACAGAUGUGGGAAGGUUGGUCAUCGUGCAUCUGAAUGCAAAAGUAUUGAUGUAACAUGUUUUAACUAUGGAGAGCAAGGUCAUAUUAGUACUCACUGCCAGAAGUCCAAUAAGACUGUUGAUACUAAGUUCAAGGGAAGGUUUUUUGCUCUUAGUGGUGCAGAUACUUCAAAUUCCGAUAAUCUCAUCAUAGGUACAAGUUUUAUUAAUGGAAUUCCUUUGGUUACUUUUAUUGAUAUGGGUGAUACGCAUUCGUUCUUAUAUGUUAAUUGUGUGAAAAGGUUUAAUCUUGAGGUGUCUUCUAUGAAUGGUCGUAUGGUCAUUGAUACUUCAAAUAAUGGCUCAGUGACUACUAUGAUAAUUUGUUUGCGUUGUCUUAUGACUGUUUAUGGCAUGGAUUUCAUAAUUGACUUAGUGUGCUUACCAUUAAGUCGACUCAAUAUUAUCUUGGGUAUGAAUUGGUUGGCAUUCAACCACGUUUACAUCAACUUUUACAACAAGUAUGUGCUUUUUCCAUAUUUAGUUACAGAGGAAGAUUCUAUGUUUAUUUUCGCUAGUCAGGUGGAAAAGUUCUUGAAAGGUGAAGAGCAGGUAUUUGCUAUGUUUGCUUCCUUGAAAUUCGAGACGGGAGAAGUGGUCGGUAAUCUACGGGUAGUCUGUGAUUUUCUAGAUGUAUUUCCCGACGACAUCAGUGAUUUACCUCCAAAAAGAGAAUUUAAAUUCUCCAUAGAUUUAAUAUCUGAUACUAUACCUGUGUCGAUGACUCCUUACAGAAUGUCUCCAUCAGAGCCAAGUGAACUAAAGAAGUAG